GCUAGACAGAGAGAGAGAGAGAGAGAGAAAUGGCGCCUCGAUGCUGCGCUCACUGAGGCAGUGUUUGGAGCCGGUUAGAGAGAUUCAGUAAGGGCAGACAAAAGAAAAAACAAACAUGGUGAACACAAGGAAAAGCUCACGGCCAGGGAGCGGUCCCUUCAUCUCCUCCAGGACUAGGUCGUCGUCGAGAAACGAGCGAAACUCUGAGGAACAUAAGGAGCCCAGUAGUGAUGUGAGCAGUCCCAGCAGCCCCAGGUUAGCUCCCCCUUCCAAGCGGACACGGCGGCAGACCGCCUCUGAGCCCAGCUCCAGUGAUACCUCCCCAUCUCCUCAAACGAAGGGCCAGAGGGUCAGCUGGGACAUUCCCACCUACCGCACCAGGCUGUCUUCUCGCAUAAUGCAAAACGGGCACGCCCAUAUGAGUCACCGGAAUGAGGAUAGUGGAGGUGGAGACCACUCUCACAUGAAUGGUCAUGUGGAGCUGAAGAGGAGCUGCCGGGUGAAGAAGAGCCAAUUUGAACACCUCAAUCAGAGCCUGCUGUUUGACCAGCUGGUCAACAGCACUGCUGAGGCUGUCCUUCAGGAGAUGGACAACAUCAGCAGCAUAAGGCAGAACCGUGAGGUGGAGCGACUUCGCAUGUGGACUGGAGACACUGAAGAGGAAAACAUGGACAUGUAUUCGCGGGUGAAGCGCAGGAAAUCCAUGCGCAGGAGCACUUUCAGCAUGCCUACACACCACAAAGUCAUGAGCAAAACGGAGCAGGAGGAGGAAGAGGAGGAAGGCACGGAAGAAUCUCAUGGUGAGGAAGAGGAGGAGGAUGCAGAGGAUGACGAUGAAGACGAUGAAGGAGAUGAAGUGGAAGAGGCAGGAGAGGAAAAUGACAGACCAUACAACCUGAGGCAGCGUAAGACGGUGCAGAGAUAUGAGGCACCACCUAUUGAGCCUGUGAACAGAAAACAGAGCAACCCCUCACUUUUUGACACCCACAGAUCCCCAGCAAGAAGAAGCCAUAUAAGAGUGAAGAAACAUGCCAUUCACAGCAGCGACACCACCUCGUCUUCUGAUGAAGAGCGGUUCGAGCGGAGAAAAAGCAAGAGCAUGACCCGGGCUAGAAACAGAUGUCUGCCCAUGAACUUGACUGCAGAAGACCUGGCUAGUGGGGUGCUGCGUGAUCGGGUGAAAGUGGGUGCCAGCUUGGCUGAUGUGGAUCCCAUGAACCUUGAUAGCUCUGUGAAAUUUGACAGUGUGGGUGGCCUCAGUAAUCACAUUCAGUCACUAAAAGAGAUGGUAGUGUUCCCUCUGCUUUACCCUGAGAUCUUUGAGAAGUUUAAGAUUCAGCCUCCCAGAGGAUGUUUGUUUUACGGCCCACCAGGAACAGGAAAGACCCUGGUUGCACGGGCACUUGCCAACGAGUGUAGCCAGGGAGACAGGAAGGUUUCCUUCUUCAUGAGGAAAGGAGCCGACUGCCUCAGCAAAUGGGUCGGUGAAUCAGAACGUCAGCUACGCCUGCUCUUUGACCAGGCGUACCUGAUGAGGCCAUCCAUUAUUUUCUUUGAUGAGAUUGAUGGUUUGGCUCCUGUUCGCUCCAGCAGGCAAGACCAGAUACACAGUUCUAUCGUGUCUACUCUUUUGGCCUUGAUGGACGGCUUGGACAGUCGUGGGGAGAUAGUGGUCAUUGGUGCUACAAACAGACUUGACUCUAUCGACCCAGCACUCAGGAGGCCUGGACGCUUUGACCGGGAGUUUCUGUUCAACCUGCCUGACAAGAAGGCCAGAAAGCACAUCUUGGAGAUUCACACGCGGGACUGGAAUCCCAAAUUGGCUGAGCCAUUUGUAGAUGAACUUGCAGAAAAAUGUGUCGGCUACUGUGGUGCUGACAUCAAAGCACUUUGCACAGAGGCAACCUUGGUGGCACUGCGUCGCCGCUACCCCCAAAUCUAUGGCAGCAGUGUCAAACUGAAGCUGGAUGUCACAUCCAUCGUCCUGGGGCCUGGCGACUUCAGCAAGGCCAUGAGGACAAUCGUCCCAGCCUCCCAGAGGGCCCUGGCUCCUCCAGGCCGAGCCCUGUCUCCCACCCUCAGGCCCCUGCUGGCCAGCUCUUUCUCCUUGGUGCUGAAAGCUCUGCUCCGAGUCUUCCCCCAUGCUCAGUGCACUGAUAGGGACAACACACACGGCGGUGACAAUCAACUGCUCGAAGAGGACUUGUACAGCGACGAUGACAAUGAGGAAGGCUGUUCUUCCAUCUAUGAAGUCGAGCCUGCUGCAUCCCCAAAGAGUCAGCUAUCUUCUUCUGCUGUGCACAGACCCUUUCUACAUUUCUCCUCCUCUGCCCUCCAACAGCCCACAGCAUACCGGCCUCGUCUGCUGUUGGCCGGGCCCACGGGCUCAGGACAGAGCUCCCACUUGGCCCCUGCUUUGCUGCACCACCUGGACAAGCUGCCAGUGCACCGCCUGGAUUUGCCCACUCUCUACUCCGUCAGCGCUAAGACGCCAGAGGAGUCCUGUGCUCAGGUUUUCCGUGAGGCCUGCCGGAGCAUGCCCAGCGUGGUGUUCAUGCCGCAUAUCUCAGAGUGGUGGGAGACAGUGGGUGACACUGUGAAGAGCACCUUCCUCACCCUGCUGCAGGAUGUGCCCUCUUUCAGCCCUGUCCUUAUCCUUGCCACUGCUGAGACUCACUACUCACAGCUGUCAGAAGAGGUGAGAAGUAUCUUCCAGAGGACAUACGGGGAGGUAGUAACGCUGUGCCCACCAGGAGAAGAGGACAGGAGGAGCUUCUUCUCUGAACUGCUGCUGGUCCAAGCAGCCAGGGCUCCACCACGCCUCAGGAGUACAGAGAGGUGUGAAGAGGAACUGCCGGUGGCAGCGGCUCCAGGCCCCAGAGUCCUGUCCGCAGAGGAACAGCGCCGCCUGGCUGAACAGGAGGAGAACACAUUACGAGAGCUCAGGCUCUUUCUCAGGGACGUGACCAAGCGCCUGGCCACUGACAAACGUUUUAACAUCUUCAGCAAGCCAGUUGACAUUGAGGAGGUGUCAGACUACCUUGAAGUGAUUCGGCAGCCCAUGGACCUGUCCACUGUCAUGACCAAGAUUGACACCCACAAGUACCUGACAGUGAAAGACUUCCUGGUGGAUAUUGACCUCAUUUGCAGUAAUGCUUUAGAAUACAAUCCUGACAAGGACCCUGGAGACAAGGUGAUCCGGCACCGAGCAUGCAGUUUAAAGGACACAGCCCAUGCUAUAUUUGCUGCUGAGCUGGACCCCGAGUUCGACCGCAUGUGUGAGGAGAUCAAGGAAGUGUGCAGGAAGAGGGACCUCCAGACGCCAGCUCAGCUGACGGCAGCUCCGGGCACUCUGGCAACCAGAAAGUACCACACUGUAGGAGAGGAGCAGGCCAGGAUCAGCACUCAGGGUGAAGCCACUGACAAGCAGUGCACCACUAAUCAUAUAAAGCGCAAGAUUCGCCGGCGGCCGUCUUGGGGGCGGGGCAUCAUCCGUAAGAAGAAGAACUACAAGAAAGGAACAGAAGAGGAGGAAGAUGAGCCCGAGGCAGAAGUGGAGGCUGCAGGGCCCAGUGACUCAUGUUUCACGCAGGAUGAGGAAUCAUCUUGCGAUAUCACAGGUCCCCAGCCCAAUGGCCACCAUCCUCAUGCCCCCUCCACAGAGGAGGAGAGCUCCAAUGAGCCUCCUGUUGUGGCUCCUGCUGAGCCUCCAGAUGCCACUGAAGCCAGAGAAGAACCAGCACCUAAGGAUGAGGAGGAUUCCACAGCCAAACAGGGAGAGUCUGAGAACACAGAGCAACACAAUGAGCUACAUUGCCUUGGUCGCAGUUCUCAUCCCAAGGCGGACGAGGAUAGCCCGGCCAAGCAGGCUGACUUCCAGCCUUUGAUUGAAAUGUCAGAGUCCUCGGAUGCUGAGGCCCAGACCAAGCACACAGAGGGUCUCCUAGUAUCACAAGUGGACUGUGUGAAUGGAAACGAGUCAAUGGACAGCCUGGACUCGCAGAGCCUCAAAACGAGUAGUGAGGCUGAGAAAAGGACUCCUCUGAGCACGGCUGAAGGCUCUAAUGAGCCAGAACAGGAAGAGCACAAAGAUGAACAUGAGAGCCAUCCAACUCAGGAGCACCCUCCCCAGGAUGGGAGGGUAGUAACAGAAAGUGCUGAGGAAGAUCAAGACAAAGAAGGGGGUUCCAAAGUGAGGAAAUGCAAGAGUAACCCAUCAGAGCAGUUGAAGGUAUCUGCUGAAAGGACAGAGGAAGAGCCACAACCAGUCCCUCCACAUCCUCCAGUAGUGGUUGACCACCAGCAACUUUUGGUGCUACUGGAUAUGGUGGUAAAGAAGAGUGAGGGCUACAGUGUGGAGCAGCUGGAGAGACUGUACUCCCUUCUCAGCCAGUGUAUCUACCAGUACCGCAGAGAGUUCGACAAGACGCAGCUACUGGAGGAGAUGGAGGAGAGAAUCCAGCAUUUUGAUACAUUCCUGUGAGAUGGAGAAAAUAUACCUAUCAGGUAGAUCCUGAACAGCCUGGGACCACAAAGACAAACAUAAACUGAGUGAAGGAGCUUCAGAGUGCAGCCCUCGACAAACACACACACACACACACACACACAGAAAAUCCAGCGCCCUCCUCUUGGUGGGAGGGAGCACAACGAGGAUGAGGUUGAGGACAGAGACAUUCAAUGGUGCUAUCGUCUCAGGAACCUGGCCAGAUCCAGACCCAUUCUACACAACCAAACCCCUGGAGGUGUGUCAGUCACACAUGCACACACACCAACGGUGACGGGCAACGCUGGUGCUACUUGGGUGCUAUUUUAUCCAUGCUGCUCUUGGGAUUACGUCUUAACAUGGACGACUAGCAAAACCAACAGAUCGGGUGAUGUCAUAUUGCAACCUGGCCGCUUCUCUUUGGAGCAAGCCGUGCAUACACACACCCCCUGACGCUUGGGUAUGCAUGUAUUUCUACAAACACACACACACUUGGAUCCUCACCAGCAGAAGUGUGAAUGCAGAGUGCCGCUAGAAGGGGGCAGACAAUGUUCUGAAUCACUGAACUACGUUGCUGAGCCCAUCUUGCCCUCGAGUGCAACACUUCAUCAUAGGCCAGUUAUUACCACAUUAUUAUUUUCUGCCAUUUUAGCUACUUGAUUAGUUCAAUAUUUGAGCCACUGUCGAGGACACUCACCCAGAACUAGAGUUUACAAAGAAGUUUCAGUGCAAACACAAAGUUUAUGACGUUAGCACAGCAGGACCAGAACUGGUUGUGUCCUCUUCAUCACAGCGGACAUCAGGUGUGGAAAGCUGUCAGCCCCCUCAGUGUUUGACUCAGAGUUAUUGGUGAACAGGAGUAGCCUGUAGAUCCGCUGUAAAACCACCUCACUCGAAACAUUCGCUCACAGACCACCUCUGGCGUUCACAGUCUUAGCAGAUUGUCAUGUCCUACAUAGUUUGUGUUAGCUGCACCCCCUCCUCACUCCAUUCACAGUAUGAAUGUUUUCCCUCAUGCUCAAGCUGUGCCCGCCAGUUGAUUUUCCUAUCGACACCCCGACUGAGGAACUGGAAGCAGUACAAAUUGGAAUGCGUCUGUAGUUUUGCACUGCCUAGUGUGUGCCUUAUUUAAAACCUUAUAUGAAACUGAUAUAUUUAGCAGGAUUUAUUUACUUCUUGUGACAAUGAACAGGCUCCAAGUUGGGGUGGGUCUUAACCACUGAGGUCACAGUGACCUUGAAGCAAAAAAUUCUCUAUAUCUCAAUGCCAUUAGGUCAUUUAACAACAUAUCAAAAUAUAUCUCAAUUUAGUUUCAACUUCAAACUGGGCCAACAAAAAAUUAAUUGAAGGAAUUUGAUAACCUGAGGAAUAAAAUAAACUAAUAUCUGUGGCCGUGUCUGGCCCAACGUGUCUGAAGCACUUGAAAUUUUGUUACGAUAUUUAAAUGUAUUCAAGCCGUUUUACCCCAGACCAGUCGGGGGAGGUCAGUCUCCACUUGAGCAGACAGCAGGUGUAAGUAGAGGCUGACAGCACCAGCUUUUCUUCAGUUUUUCAUAUGCAAAAAAAAAAGAAAGAAAUCAAAAAAUAAUGAUGUGAGUCAAAUGAUCUAUUGUGCCAAGUGUUAUCCCACUCCCUCAGAAGGUGCUGACAAAACGGUGCCUGUUCACAGGAAUUCUGUUUUAACUAUGAAAAUGUUUGAUUAGAUGGUCAUACAACCUAUGUAUUAUUUUGUGUAUUUGAUAAUUAUUUUUUACUUUUUUUAUAAGAUGCUUUGCUUGCGUUGAUUGUUUUUGCAUGGGUUGUGAAUCCACAAGGAACAAGGCCAUUCUAGGCAGUGCCCGUCACUAUGGUGUGUGUAUAAAGCAUUACAUGAAUUUGUUUUUUAUUUUUUGUCCUUUUUACAUGUGUGUACUGACUUUAUGGAUUUAUUUCAUUCUGUUUUCUCAACACCAGACAAGAGAAGCUGGAUUCUCAUCUGUGGCCAACACAGUGUAUGUUUUCUAACUGCAGUAAAUGAAGGUGUUUACUGAAGCUUUAUAAGGUUUUCAUGGCAUGUUCAUAUUUUUGGAGAUGCCAUAUUUUGAGCAGGUGUAGACUGGAGAAGGCCCUUUCUUUCUCUCAAAGCACUCUUGUCCAAUCCUCAAGACCUCCUGGUGCAACUCUGACCCCAGCCAGCUCACCUCUGCCUUUACUCAGAUUUUAGGUGACAAAAAGCAAAGACCAUAUGCAAACUGGCAAUGACAGGUUGGCACUUGGACUACUGCAGAGAGAAAAACCAACGCUACCUCAGCUUAAUUUAUUUUAAUGCGAAAACUGUUUACUGGGUACAUAAACAGUAUUUUACUCCCGCUAAAAUACUGUUGUGACAUCUACAGUACCAUCUUAGGUACCAGAUCAGUGCAACCAUGGCUGCUGCAGUAAUCCAAGAGUUGUUUAUAUCUCUGAUUGUUAUGUAUGUUUGCAUUUGAGCCAGAUGAUGAUUGCAUAAAUUUUAAGGAUAUUUCAUGGACUGUAUAUUUUAUGCUUUAGUUUCAGGUUCUUUUAAUUUCUACUGUAACUUGACACAGAGGAAGCGUCCUAGAUCUGCUCCUCUUUCAUAUUAUCAGCCAAGACCUUAGAAACUAGAGAGAGCAUUUUUGACUCUUCACACAUCCAUCGCCUUUUUUUUCUCCAAAUAGUUUUUUUUUUUUUUUUUUCCACUGCAGAUUUUCAUCUCAUUAUUCUGAUUAUUUAUUAUUAAACAUGUUUUACACCUAAUAUUCAGAAAAUUGUCUUUUUGUACGUUUGAGAUUUAACAAAUGGGGAAGCAUCACACGUCUGUUUUAACAAUGAAUUGCUGAAUUGCGUAGCGUUUGUGUAGCAGGUUUAUUUGGCGUGUACGGGGGAUUAAAGGGUUUACAGGUCUCUCAGGUUCAACAUACGACAACAUGCCCUUUCACCUUUUCUAUUUAUUUCAUUGUUCUGGUGUUUUCUUUGUCAAAAGUGGUUACAGACUGUGGCAUACUGGAGGACACUAACAUAAAGAAGGAACUGAUAUUUAAAACGUAGUGUCCGUGUAGUUCAUCAGGAAGAGAUUAACUUUCUUUUAUUGUUGUUCACUUUCUGCCAAAAGAGUUACUUUUUAUGGAUUUAAAAACACAUUGGGAAAUAAUACAUGGGUAGUUUAAAUGUCAUACAUUGUGAUCUUCCUUUCUUUUUAUAAAUUGUAGCCAGUUUGGACUAACAACCAAUUUUUGUCUGGUAGUUGAGACUACGUAGUCCAGUAUGCAGAAGGAGAAAGGGUUUGUUCUAUCCUGAAUUACUUUGUUCUUCCCUAUUUUUCACAGUUAAUUUAGUCAAGACUUUUCAUAGCUUUGUCAAUUCUUUUCUUUUGUGUAUUUAACACACCUGUUCGCAAUUGUUACUUUAGUGUAAGUUAUAUUUGAAAUGAAACAUUUACUGUAUUUCUCAAAUAAACUGCUGUGAUAUACUUGAAUAAAAGGUGCAAACUGUA